AUGUUAAUUCUUCGUGACUAUUGGAUAUGCAAUGUAUUGAGUUUUGCCUUUGAAGUAUUAGAAUACUCAUUAGAGCAUCAGUUACCAAAUUUCUCUGAAUGUUGGUGGGAUCAUUGGAUAAUGGAUUUUUUAGGCUGUAACCUGCUUGGAAUUUGGUUAGGAAUGAAAACAAUGAACUAUCUGAGUAUGAAACAUUAUUACUGGCGAGGGAUGUGGAAUAUACCCAGUUACAGGGGGAAACUUCGACGAGCUAUGCUACAGUUCACACCACACAGAUGGACUGAUUUUGAUUGGCGACCAACUGGAAGCUUAAAACGAUGGUUGGGAACUUUGUUCCUGGCAAUUGUGAUACUUACAGCAGAACUAAAUACUUUCUAUUUGAAGUAUGUGCUCUGGGUCCCGCCUCCUCAUUUUCUGUGUCUUGGACGUUUAAUCUUCCUGAUUUUCAUGGGAGCUACAGCAAUACGCGAAUAUUUUGAAUAUUUGGAUGAUCCAAAAUGCAAACGUUUAGGAAGACAAGCAUGGAUGCUGGCAAGCAUAAUUAUCACUGAAUUCUUGAUUGUAUUAAAAUUCGGUUGGGAUGUUGUGACUAAACCACUACCUCAUCAUAUAUGCAUUUUUUGGUCAUUAAUUUUAACCGGUCUCAUUCUAUGGACAUUUUGGCACUUUUAUAUUGUCCCUUGGCUAUUUCGAUCUAGUCGUCAGUCUGAAGCGCGUAAAAAGACGAAACCAUCCACCACUGAUGUUGAUAAGGAUCAGCUACAAGAUUCCGUUGAAAAAGAAGAUUCUACUAGUUAUCGCCGGCGUAUUAAAUCAACUGUAAACUCAAAUCAUCAUCAUUCAUAG